UAAAUAUUGACAGUAAAUGAAAGGAAGGAAAAAAGGAAAUUUGAUAACUUGUGAAGUCAAGCGCGCCGUCGAUAUUCGCAACAGACCUCGUAUUCCUAUACCAGACGAAGAUCCUUACAGUGUCGCCGGUAGCGGAGGGUCAUCGGGAAGUUCUGGAGUUGGAACUGGUACCACUGGCACAGGAAACGGAACUGGUAUGGUUGCCGCGGCCAGGGAACAACUACUGCAGCAACAGCAACAACUACUGCAGCGCCGCAGUGACAAACCACCAAAACUACCACCACGAGACAACACUUACCCACACGAUAUUCCAAAGCCGGACUACGAUGACAUAGAGGAAGAAAACAGACUGAAACCUUUCCCGUCUUCAAGGGGAAGAGAUAAAGCGAAAGAUAAUAAGAAAUAUGAUGACCCGUACUACUGCGGUCUGCGGGCAAGAGUUCCCAACUUCGUCAAGACUGGCAAGUCAAAGGACACCGCGGGUCGGUACCCUGCCAGCACUCUCAGCGGUGGGGCGCCCCAGCCUUCCAGCAUGGUGCACCAGUUCCAUCAGUACCAGGCUAUCCACCAUCCGCAACAACAUCCGGUCAUGUGGCAUGCGAGGAGUUUCGACAGCGGCAUGGAUUCUGAAGCACUGGAGUCCCCUUACAAUCACAUAUAUGGCCGCUUACCCAUUCCUACCAGAGGCUACAUACCACCUACACCGAGGACAAUGUUCGUCGGCGAAUGGGACUGAAGAAACACGCAACCUCGAAGUAGAGGAUGCAUUCAAUUAGCAACAUUUCAUGAAGCAAAGAAUUGUGAUUACUGUACAGCCUAUAGUUAGAUUCAAAUUGUAAGGCAGAAGCCUUUGUUUCUUAUUUGAAAUAUUUGGAACUUAUCUGCGUAUAAAAAAUAGAAAAAACGUACCACGAGCUUGAGAGCAAAAUCAAUUUAAGCUAAAGGUACUUAUUAUAAUAUUCUAUAAGAAGAACAUAUCCAUUAGCACCAUCAAUUUUAUAUUAUGGAUACUAAAUUAUGUGUAAAUUUUUAUGUUACGGAUUCCAGUUUAGAAUUUUAUUACAGUACCAUGUAAGAUAUUACUUAUGUUAAUAUUUCAUAUUUUAGUAUAGUAACAAUUUAUUAAAUAAUAGUUAAGUUUAGCGAAUAUUUUGUUUUUCAGUUACACACGUGAUUAAGUUCUGAUGUUUAGUCUGUAUUUAUAAUAUAAAUGUUUUUAAACGAAAUGAAUAGAUCUUUGAUAUCUCAAGUUGUACACAAAGUAAGUGCGCUUAAGUGACGUGAGGUUGGAAGGCGGUGAUUUCGUCAUGUCACAAUGAAAUUAUAUUACGUCUUCCUUCUUUCAGAUACUCCAAAAAUAUUUCUAAAAAAGUAGAAAUAUUGUAAUAUAAUAACUCCAUUUCACUCAGCAUUGAAAUCCGUUUGUUAUAAUAAACAAAUUGAACUAUUUCCUUGCUAUAAAGAAAGAAUAUUUCACUUCGAAACAAUUAGAACACAUUAAAAUUGAUUAUUAUCUUUAACAAUGUGCAUCUGCCACCUCUCUGAAGCUGCGUAUUUCACACUAAGUGACAUCUAGCUUCGCGAACAUUAUACAUAAAUAAAUGCAGGGAUUUUAUUAAAUAAAGCUAAACACUGAAGAGUUAAAGAAUAACACAAUACUUGAACAUCAGCAUAAUAUGUGCUGAGAGACAAUAUUAACUUGUGUUGACCCAAAUUUUCAAUAACAUUCCUUCUUUUAACUCUUAUUCAUUACAACAGUUUGAUACAACGCAAUUCUUGUGAACGAAAUAGAAUAUAGAAUGUAAUAUCGCGAGUGAAAGACAUGAACUUUAUGUUAUCAGUGAGUGAAUAGAUUCUAGAAUAAAAUUUUAAAUGAAGUGUAAUUGAGAGCUAACAGUGCUUGCAUAAAUAUAUGGAGUGGUUAUCAAUAAUUACACGCAGAUACCAAAAUAUAUUGAAAUCUGUCCGACACUUAAAAGACAUUUUAUUAGCGUAGUCUUGGACAUAUUUCAGUUAGUGUCUCAUUAACAUUAAAAAAUCUGUGUUAAAAUUGAUGGGUGCGUUCAGAAAUUUUGUCAUCAUAUUCCUGGACUGUGUCUAGAUACAUUUCUUAAAGGUAAAAAAUGUAAAUCUAUCCGUAAAACAGGCUGUAGAGGCUCAUGGGUCUGUGAGACGACGAGGAUCCCACAUUUUCUAGACAAUCAGCUCACAGAUGGCAGUGCGGUCGUCAGCCUUAGGCUCCGGCCGCCUU